AUGUACCCCUCCCUUGAGGUUGAACAACAUAGUGGUAAGGAUGACGAUUCCUCCAGUUCUGAGAAGGACUUGGCUGCUGAAGGGUUGUGCUCUCUAGGGAAAAUCGUGUCGGAAAAAGGAAAAUUUGUGGCAUCUAAAAUUGCCAAUGCUUCCCACUCUAAGAAGCAUGAUGUGAUUAAUCUAGAGGAUGGUAGCUCUGAUAAUCAAGAGGAAAGCUUAUUUCAUCACCUUAAGCCAUGUGUGGUGAAACGCAUGAAGACUCACAUAGGAAGAUCUGUGGCUGAACUUAUGUCAGCUAGAAAAUCUAAGAAGAUUGCUGGUAUUGGUCCCUCCAAAUCUCGGAGCAAGGUUGAAGUGAAGAAGAGGAAGGUAGGAGAUGAUUCUGAGUCUGAAGAGGAUGUUGAGGAAGAUGUCCCUAACAUCUCGCCUGUGAAGAAAACCACUGUUAGGAAGUCUCCUGGAAGAAAAAUUGAGGGUGCAUGUGAAUUAGAAGUUACAGACAUUGAGGUAUGUAGAGAGAUUAUAGCUAGGCAGGUGAAAGGUUGGCCUGUUAAAAGGCACCUUCCUGCUGGGAAGUUGACUGUCAAGUAUGGAAUCUUGCAUAAAAUAGGAGCUGCCAACUGGGUCCCUACUAACCAUAUCUCCACCAUUGCUAAUACCCUUGGAAGGUUUAUUUUUGCCAUUGGAACCAAAGUGAAUUUUGACUAUGGUAGAUUUAUGUUUGAACAAAUCAUCAAGCAUGUAUCUACUAAUGUAGUUAAGCUGCCUAUUACCUUUCCCUCUAUGAUAUGUCGUAUUAUCUUGAAUCAGUACCCUGGUAUUCUGUGCUCUACUGAUAUACCUAGUAGAAGAAAACCUGCUAUGUCUGUGCACUAUAAACUAUUUGAAGGCAGUCACGUCGAGGAUAUUGUCAUGACAUCUACCAUGAAAAAGCCAGCCUCAAAAGUUGGAACAAUUGUUGAGCUUAAGGAGACUUGCAAAGAGCUGGGUGAAGGGAUAAGGGUAGCAACAGCUAGAAAACAAUCGUUGGAAGCCUUGAUUGCAAGCUUGGAGCAGGCUGAAAGUGAAAAUAUUGAAAAUGCUAAUGUCAGUCAUGAAGAAGAAGCUGGAGCCCACACCUCUAGUGAGAGGUCUGCUAACCAUGAUGAUACAAGUGGCAAUUCUGAUUCUGGUGCUGAUGAUGCUGGAAGCUCAAGCUCUACUGAGUAG